AGGGGUAAUAGGCUUGCAUUAUUACUCUUCUAUCAGGAAUCCGUUUAGCCAUCGUAGGAACAGCACGGCACGCCUUCAAUUGUUUGGCAAUGAUAGAGCCUCUGGGCCCCAGACGACGUUGGAACCUAUCAGCCACUCGUGGCGCUACCCUUGCAUGGAUGAUAAAGUGGCGCAGAUCAGCCUUGAGCUGUUUUCCAUCGAGGGCAAAUUUACUCGACCCCAGUCUCAACACUCCCUGUCGAAUACAGGGCCCAAAACUGGGUUCCAACGAGCUGCUCAGUCUCGGCUCAGGAUGCGCUCACCCAGCACAGCCACAGCUCAGGCUGGAGCAUGAGCAGCUGAGUUUCCUGAACGGGAAAGGAAAUUGCUUGGGUGCACAUUUGGAUAUCGUACUAGCUGUUAUACAGACCACUUUAGGCUUAGCAUAUUCUUAGAACCCUUCUAAUCACAUAUCCUGCACGGACUGGCGGCUGAUAUGGAGCAUCAUAUUCUGGCUUCGCGAUUAAUUGAUUGAAAGCCCACAAGCAAGCGGAUAUAAUUGGCAAAACGUGCACCCUCACCAUGCCGUACCUUCAAACCCCUUGAAUCUGCCCAGCUAGCUGUGGGGA